UUAAGAGUUAUAGACUUAUAGGAGGUCUUACUUAUGUCGAGAUAGGAAAAUAUUGUACUUGAUAAAUAAGUACAACAAGAAAUGUACGGUUCAUCAUAAACUCAUGGUACUUAUAUUCUUUUCUUUCUGCAUGAGUUUUCUUGGUUGGUGCCUGGUGGAGUGAGGAGAGGAUUAAACAGGGAAGUGUGUGUUUGUGUGUAAUUAAUGUUAACGUGUCGGAAACCGAGUUGCGUGGGGGCUCAUAUUAGUAAUUACUCUGUGCAACACUGCAACUAGCCGAUACCAGCUAUCAUUUUCACAUGUACGGAUCUUUUUGAGAUGUGUAUUACUAAAAUAUUAAUUAGAUGUUAAUUACUCUGAGUUUACCAAAAAAAUGUUAAUUACCAUGACUCCCGUUUAUUUUUUAUGAUCGUGGAGUUAGCCAUUUCUAGUCAAAUGCAUAGUUACUUUUUUAUGACUUCCAAAAAAAUGUGUAAACCAUCGCUUAAAAUUGAGGUAUAAAAGCAAAGUGAAAAAAACAUUGUUAAAAUCAAAAGUUCGUGUCAAAGUCAAACAUUGGUUUCGAAACCACAAUGAAAACAAUGUCAAACUUAUGUAGUCAAAUUCGAUGUAAACUCUAAAGUGAGCUAAAUACUUUUUGAAAACGAGUAACUAAGCAUUUGACUAGAAAUGGCUAACUCCACCAGAAAUAUAAUGUACUACCAAAAUAAGCAGGAUAAAUAGAGUCGUUACAAAAAUAGAGUCGUUAAACAUAAUUUCAAAAAAUACAUUAAAAAUGACAUGAGAUAAGAUGACCAAUUUUAUAUAGACUACCGACUCAUUUUUUUACUAGUUUUCUACUCAUUUUUAUCGGCUAAAUUAUUUUAAAAAUGAUCUAUAGAUAUCAUUACUAAAAAUUAGUAGCCAUUUUUCUGAGAAUUACUAUUUUUGUUCAGCUCUUUCUUUAAAACUAAACACUCACAUACUUAUUCUAAAGAUCACUGAUUUUUUUUUAACUCUAAACAAACAUAGUUUUGAAAAUAUUGUUAUUUACAAAUACUAACAUUUGUAAUUUAUACUGCAGUAUUAAUCUAUAAGAAUAUUCGUUAUAUGUUCUCAGCAAAUAAUUUUUGUGCAACCUUCGGAGACCUUUGAAAGCCAACAGAGUAUUUAUAUUUUAUCCACAUUUCUAUAAGAAGCAUAAAAUAACUGAGUUUGGCAUGAGAUUUUUUUUUUGAGAAUGCAUGUGCAUAAAAUUAAAACGUACAUGUGCUUAAAACAUCCCUUUGCGUUAAUCUAGGGUUUCAUCUUCCAACAAUUACAUAGAAAUAGUAUUGGUUUGGUGAUCAUAUAUGGCCCUUCUUAUGUAUCAAGAGACUAUUUGCAUUAACUUUUCCCCGCCGUUGAUCCUAAAAUGGGUUAUAAGUUACUAUUGAAGAUAACUAAAAUCAAUUAAGAAUCUAAUCUUAGAUCUUUAAACUCCAAGUCUCCAAGAGACAACACAUUCGUCCCUUUGUGUAUGUGACAUCAUACACGAUAAUAAGAUAUUAUUAAUCCCUAUCAUGUUGCACUAAAAAACAAGUUAUAUGAAUCUAAGAUGUUUCAUAUAAAUACACACCUUUUACCAAUACAGAGUGCAUCAAAUACAGUAACGUACCAAAUAAAGAUAAAGAGAGAAGAUAAAAAUGGAGUGUUCCAACAUGAAGCUACAUCAUCAGCAAGGUGGAUAUGCAGAGCCAAGAAUCUCAUUCUCCAGCGGUUUCGCAGCGACCAAGAACGAAAUAAUCAAGUACAAGGAGGCACCAGUGUCGUCAGAUGAUUUUGAGUUCGGUAUCAAGAACUGCUCCAUGACCACAGCAGAUGAAAUCUUUUGCGAUGGCAUGAUCCUACCUCUCAAGGAAGAAGUCAACACGACGAAGAGAAUGCCAACUUUGAGAGAAGAACUCAACGAAGAAGACGAUGAUUCACCUAGAACCAAAUCAAAAGGGUCGAGUGGUUGGUGGAGAGAGAGAUUAGGGUUAGGAUUCUCGAAGUCCAAGAAAGAUCACAAGAGAAGUUCUUUUUAGAAGCACCAUUAUAAGUUCUGAUUUAUUGCUUAUUUUUUUUAUGUGUUAUCUAUGGUUUUUCACUUCUUUACUGUUCCUCGACGAUGUAAAAAGAUUGUUUGCGGUUGGAGAAUUUCUUCUUUUGUAUUUCCAAUGCUCCAUUUUCCAUAAAGCCUGUUCUUUUCGAACUUCUCAUCACCAAUUAAUCUUUAAAUUAGAAUUGACAAAAAUAUUCUAUCUUUUAAGAUGCUACUAUAAUUUAAAUAUUCCGAGCAUUCCCAACACUUUAAAUGUUUU